AUGGCAUCGGCCGUCAAGCAGACUGACAAGGAGAACGACUCACCAGCGACAUUAGAUAUCAACACUGAAAAUGACCACUUGAUGUUGAACAAUGACUAUGCGACAUCACAUAGACAAGAUCGUCGCCAGGAACAUCAUUAUCAGCAGGGAUUUGCGCCCCUAUUACAGCGUUCAACUACAAAAGAUGAUACAGAACGAUUACUACAAGAUCAUGACAGUGAGUCUGACGAGGAACUGGCUUCAUCGCCUUUUAUUGCAACCCAGAGACAGAGAAGGACAUGCUCUAUGGCAAGAAACAAGAGCAGAUAUUGCUGCUGCUUCCGCACUAGAAAAUCGUGUUUACUGGUAUGUCUAGUGGCAUGUAUUGUGCCCCUUGCAUCUUUUGUCAUUUUCUGCUCAGUGUACUUUUCUCCUGUUGCAUUACCCCAUAUUCCUGUUAGCAGCAGCAGCAGCAGCAGCAGCAAUGGCCAUGUAGAUACUGUUCCUACAUCAUUGCCACCAACAUCAUCCCCUCGUCUAUUGACAUUCAACAUGUUUAUGCGACCACCAGGCGUGAAAAACAAUGAAAACGACUACAAGAAUGAACGACUGGAUUACAUAAUCAACCAUGUCUUGCCAUUGCACGAUAUCAUCACUAUUCAAGAGGCAUUUGCCUAUGCGAAUCGACGUAUUGACCAGCUGCUGAUUGCUGCUUUUGACCAAGGCUUUUACUAUCAUGUUGCAUCACCUCGACACUAUCCUUGGGAUUUAGGAGGAGAUGGUGGCUUGCUUAUUCUAUCAAGGUAUCCUAUUAAAAAAGCCGACCGGAUUGAGUUUUCCCGUGGUGUCCAUGCAGAUUGGCUCUCCUUCAAGGGUGCGCUGCACGCUCUGAUCCAGGUGGGCGACAACAAGGAUCAGCUUGUCCAUGUCUAUACCACACACACACAGGCCUCCUAUGAUAAUGGCGGCAAGUUGAAUUUGGAUGAUACCAAAGUGAGAUUGAGUCAGUUUGCGCAUGUCCAUCAAUUCAUCCAAGACACGGCUCAGGACGAUACACAUCCCAUUUUGCUGAUGGGAGAUUUGAACGUGGACGCUGCUGUGCAUAACGGCUCUUUGCCUGAUGUGCCCUCGCAUGACAGUUCACUUGCUUACACCAUGAUGAUGGAUGUAUUAAGAGGCAAAGGCACUGAUUUGAAACUCAUUGGCGGCGAAAAUGAGAAUGAUGGAUUGUCCUACACAAGUACAUGGCGCCUCGACAAUCUCACAGAUGUGCCGUAUGCAACAUUUGGAUACCAUCCUGUGACAUUUGGCGAUUACAAAAAGACACCCAAUGGCACACUGGUACCAGCAGAAACCAUCCUCACCAGCCAUAAUCAACUGCUGACAGUGCAGAGCAUAGACAGACUGCUAUGGGCUGGCAACAGAAGCCAAAACCAUACCAUGACACUCUCCAAUAUCACAGUACAACGCUUUUUCAUAGACGGAAAGAAUGCAUCCUCAUAUCCCUUUACACAAAUAUCAGACCACUAUGGUCUCAGCGCCAUUUUACAUGCCACUACAUAA